AUGGCUACUACACACACAGCGCCAACCGUCACUAGAAGAGGGCCAGAACACGGCAAAGAAGCCGCUCAAGUGCUUUCCGGCGCCUUCUCCAAAUCAGCUUUUACCUCGUGGCUUAUGCGAACGCCCCAGUCCACCUGGACUGAUGAAAUACCGGCAGACGUUCUAGAUAAUUGGUUCAACAAGAGUGUUCCGGAGAGAGUCGGACAUGGGGCUGAGUUGGUAGAGGCGGGGAAUUGGGCUGCUGUCGCUAUUUGGUUUCCCCCUGGUGUAAAUAUGCCAUCAAACGGUCCAAUCAGUCCACAGCUGAAAGAAUUCCGCGAGAUAUUUGGUGCGGAGAAGAAACGUCACCUCCAAGGAGAGAAAUACUGGUAUCUGAAUAUCAUCGGAAGACACCCUGAACGAACAGAAAAGGGCGUCAUUCGAGCUCUAAUCGACCCGUACUUGAAACGGGCACAACAAGAAGGCGUUCCAGUAUGGCUUGAAGCAAUCACCGAUCAUGGACGAAAGGUCUAUGAGCACUUGGGAUUUAGAACAGUAGUGGAACGUCGAAUAGGAGUUGGAAAGGCGAAUACAAAGGGCGAAUAUGAGGAGAAUGGGGAGGGGUUGAUGGUGUAUGGGAUGAUGGUUGAUGCGCCUGCGUCUCUAUGGAAGAGGGUGUAUAACUAUCUUGUAUCCUGGCUGUAG